ACAAUUUUAUUAAAAAUAUUGCUCAUGUUAACGGUAAGCAAAAAAGGUCAAUGAAAAUGCCCGAAAAGAAUUCCAUAGAUUAUGAUGCUGAGAAAGAAAAGCAUAUCUACCAACUGCGAAAACCGCGAAAUCAUAUGAAAAAAGAAGAAGUUCCACAAGUAACUUAUAGUUUAGCACGAGGUAUAUAUAUGAAACAAUAAUUAAUAACUAUAUAUAUAGUGUUAAUCUGUUUACUCUAUUAAAACACAACCAGGUUAGGCAGUAACGUUAUUCUCCUGCAUGCGAGGGGGAUUGCAUUUAAUAUUUUUCUUCAUAUAGGGGAUUAAAUCCAUUUCAUUCCAUGGCCAAAUAAGACCUUUGUUUCAAAGUUUGGAUAGAAAACGAUGAAAAUAAUUUCAUAUCCGUUUCCCUGCAGAAUUAGCCUCACAAUUCAUGUAAUGGCCAAUCAUUUAUUGAUUUACAAAAAGUUCUGAUAUCCAUAGAAUCGUUUCUAUUUCAGUGAACUUCGAUAUAAUAUUACUGCAUGGUUUGAAUGAAUUUGUGACUUAUACCAAAACCGAAAACUUAUAAGUCCGACUAAUUAGACAAGCUUUAUGAGCUCUAACUCUUUUCUAUGCAUUCCUCAAUCAUCCAGUGCAUGUAUAACUAUUUGAAAACCAGAGAACCAAGGAAAAACUGUGAGUUGGUAAUAAAGUCAAUAAGAACAAACAGGAAGAAAUAUAUUCACAUGCAAGUGAGCCAGAGAAGAAAAUUUGAACGGGAUUUAAGGAACUUUAAUUAUAAAGAAUUAGUCAUAUGUUGUCGCCUAUAUGACUAUAGGGUGCAGAGCAUGCAAUGAGAAGUGAGGAGGGAUCCAACUGUCUACGCGGUUUUUAAAUAAUUGCAUCGCUGAAGAGUGAAGUGAAUCGAAAAUCAAUGCCGGCGUGUACUACGACCGCUGUGGAAUACCCAUGCUGUCCUACCCUUCCUUUAACAAAACCGAUAAAAUAUAUUAUGUUUGUAUAUUGAUUUUUCAUCAUAAAUAGGUCAUACAACAACAGGAUUGAAGCGUGCGGCCGUCGAAGCCGCUGCUAGCAGCGACAAAAUUCAAGAGGCUGUUGUCGAAAAAGGCAUUGAAGUUGUAGGAAACGCAAUUGAUAAGCAGAUAGCAAAUAUAGAGGGAGCACAGAAUAAAUCUGAAGCAUUUCUAAAUAAGAGGGUAUGUGACUGUUGUUGUUUUAAAAUAUUAUACUGUACGUAUAUGGCAACAUUAAUGCAUCGUGUAUAUAGUCACUGUAAUCAAUAUGUCGCCCGUAGCUACCUGCAAGGCUGAAAGCCGCGGGCGAGUGUGAUAAUCUCCGAUGGGGCAUUAGUACAAUAGUACCUAACUGCACGUGAUACGUCGUUGUAUAGGUAGGGUUAUGUUCGGUUACGUUCCACCGUGCAUACAUCUUUAUUUCACUCAGAAAGUUACAAUACAUUUUUUUAAGUAAUAUUUAACAAUUAUUCGCCGAAGGCGCGCGAGGUGAUUAUCGGGGAAUAUUCGCCGAGACGAAGUCGAGGUUUAGUAUUUUUACACAAGCUUUUGUGUUUUUUUGAGACUGAAUUUAUUUUAAUUUCGCUUAUUUCUUUGUCAGUAAACUUCCACAAAACGGGUAGCCGCCAUUUUGAAAAUUUCUGUUUUGUUAUAUUCACCUGUAUAUAACAGCUUAUUAUACGUCAAAUUUGAUCAAUCAACGUGUAGGAUUUGUUAUGUUCACUUGUGCAAAAAUACUAAACGUAGUUACAAUAAAAGAAUGAGUGUAGCUAUCUGAAAUAACUGAUUUAUGGGACAAUCUAGUCAGAUAGCUAUAUAUUAAUCAAAACAAAAUAUAAAGAACACUAAUUACAGCGACCGUAUAAUUUUUUCUUGUGAUAUUAGAAAAACUGAAAAAGGCAAACAAGACAACAAUUACAUGCACACUCAUACAACAAGUAACAUACUUAUUGAGUCCUACACAGUUCGUAUACUUCGUAUGUAUAUCAAUGAUUGAUAAAAGUUCUUGAUAUGUUUAUUUUUUGAGGGAAUCUUGGUAAUCAUAUAUUAAUUAACUUAGUUAAGCAAUUUAGUACUGACUGAUAAUCUGAUUUGUGAAAUUUGUUUUUAAAAUUUCUUACACUAAGUACUUUUAUUGAUUUUUCAAUCGAAUUCCAAAUUUUUGGUCCAAAAAACUGACUAUUGAAUAUUCUACAGUUUGUGCGAGGUAAAUGUAACGCAUAGGUGAAGUAUAAAAUGCGGAGUAAUUGGGCAGAAAAUCUCACUGAAGGAAUUGAAAGCUAUGAAGUAGACCUCAGGUUGCGCCUUCGUUGACUAUUUGCUCAUAGACAACUCGGCUUCGUUAAUAUCUAAUUGUUAAAUAUAUAUCAGAUCAAACUAGAUAUCUCUCCUGAGAAAGGGUGGAGCAAUGAAGAUAUGUUUGUACCGCCUGGAUAUCACCUGAAUGCUGAAAUAGACAGUGAAGGUGAAAAAGCAGAAAAGAACGAGCAGGGUGGACCUGUGUAUGCAUAUCCUGCAGGAAUUGGUACUACGAUGAUGAAUGGUUGUUGGGGGACUGGAUACAAACCUGGUGAUCCUUGUUAUCAAUCUUUAGAAGUAUUGACUGCCUGUCAGGUGUGUUUAUUAUUUUUCUGAUGUUAAAACAGACAACCAGACAGAUAUAUAUACAGAAUGAUUAUAUUUCAGUUCAACCCACGAUGUCAAUGGCUUAAUAAUUGUCAAUAAUUAAAACAGCAUUUACAAUCUUUAAUAAGGCAAAUAAUAUUUUUCCAAUUUGUUUAUCCCAAUUCGACGUUAUUUAUAGCUAGUUAAAUAAAUCUUCCUAUAGAAGAAAACUAGACCGGUUGCUACUUGAUUGAUUGGGCCUAGUGCCAAGAAAAUAGAAAAGAAAACAUCAGUAGUAUUGUAAACCCAAAGUUUUAUUAAUACUAUAUAGUAUAUUGUAAACCCGAAGUUCUAUUAAUACUAUAGUAUUGUAAACCGAACGUUCUAUAGUUAAACGUCACCAAUCUGAUCUUUCGGUUGAUUAACUUCAGAUCUUCGUUGCCCGUUCUAGAAAUCGUGUAAGUGUAAACUGGCCUUUAGACAUUCGUAACAGGCCGGCAACAAAAUAUAUUAAUAUUUUGUUAUCAGCCUAAAAUUAAUAUUAAUAGACCUUAUUAUAUAAUACCUUAUUAAUUGGCUGUUUAUGGUCACGUGAUAUUGAAUAGAAAAUUCCAUUUCCCAAGAGUGCAAUGGAACACGUUCCAUUGCACUCUCCGCGAGUGCAAUGGAAUAAAACGUAUAGUACAAUUGCACUCUUUGUGUUUUCGAUAAAUCGCAUCCCUCAAAAUGCUUCUUAUACGAAUCUAUUAGUCUAUUUUGGUAUUAUAUAAAACAAAUAAUGAAUGUUUCUUCGUGCAAUGGUAAGAAUAUUUUCAUUCGGUGAAAGAUGGAAUGUUCCAUUCAACUCGGCUGUCGCCUCGUUGAAUGGAACAUUCCAUCUUUCACCUCAUGAAAAUAUUCUUACCAUUGCACUCAUAAACAUUCAUUAUUUGUAUAAUAGUGUGCCAGUUUGCUGCGAAAUAUACGCUGUCAGGGUUUAUUUUAAUUAAGAAAAGUUUAGAACUGCACAUAUUAGGGAUGUUACGAAGCAUCACGUGUUUGACUGGGGGGUCAAAGGGUGUUUGACAGGGGGUCAAAGGAUUUUUAUCUACAGUAUAUUUAACGUUGUAAAUUUAUAGUUAACGUUGAAAAUUAUGAUAGACUCUUAAUUUAUAGUAUAUAGGUGGCAGAAUAAAGGUGUGGUUGGGUGGGGCCAGACAAACUCGAUUCCAGUUGGGGAAGCUACAGGUACGGGUGUCCCCCCAAAUUUUGAAUUUAGAGGCUCGUAAGUUCUGGCAAAGAUUUGUUUCGCCCAACCACUCACAAAAUCUGUUUCAAAACAUGUAACUGGGAAUCAUGAAUAUAUACUCAAUAUAUAAUAACCUUAGGCAGCACAGAAUAUCUAGGUUCUCCCACUCUAAUCUCUUUUGGAUAGCUUCGCUCGCCCCAAUUUUACCUCCUGUUUCAUUACCCCAGCACAUAUGUGAUUUGUGAGGAAAAUAUGAGGAUCUGGUGGUCCUCUCCCAGAAAACAUUUAGAUUUUUGUUGCUCAAUGACAGCAUUUCUGGCAUCUGGAGCAUCCACAAGGAAAACGAGAAAAUGAGAAGACUGUUUUGAGGUUAUAUUUUUGUUAUAUUUGGUGACUGGUAAAUGGGUUUAUAACUGCACAUUUUGUGUAGAACUGCACGUUAAAAUAAACCCUGUACGCUGUACUGUUUGAUCCGGCAAAGGCGAAAGGGCGAAACACUGCAGCGGAAUUAGAGAUAUUGUUGGCAGGAAGAUAGGCUGAGUCGAUGGCUGAUGCAAUAAUCUGAUAUUCUUUUCUCCCCUAUAUAAGCAAGUGCGCCAUACCGUUUGAAAUAUAUCAUAUAUAUGAAUUUUAUCUUCGAGUGGUGAAAACAAUAUUUUACGAAUGAGUAAAAUAUUGUUUUCCACCGCGAGAAGAUAAAAUUCAUAUCUUCAAGCCGCCGUGUAAUGUUCUUUUUAUUACAUAUUCAUAAAGUCAUAAACAAAGAAGAAAAUUAAAGCAAGUCGAGUUCAAAACGCAAACAUUCUUCAUACUAGUAAAAGCUUUAAAACGAUUAGUUUCCUCAAUUUUUCUACUCUCGUUCUCGCGGUGACGAGAAACCAAGGAAUACUUUCAUAUCAUAAAACGUUUUUCUUUUGGUAUUUACAUUUUCUUGAUCCUUGCUAAACGACUUAAUGUCGUCGUCACUUUCACAAACCUCGCCAUUUUCACUACGAAAUGACAACUUGUGAACACAAUGCAAUUGGCGGGAAAUGAUUAUGUGAUCAAUAUUUUCACUAGUGAAGAUAUGGGAAAUCUCUUACUGUGUAUUUUUCACCAUUCAUCUACUGUUUGCAAUUUUACUACAGAAUAUGAUUGACGGCGCGGCAUUUAUUGGUGUUGGUUUUGACGGACGUGGUAAAUAUAGUCCAGAAUCAAGAAAAAUGAGUAUUAUACAACGUUCUUGUGGUGGACGUCAAUAGUAAGGAAAAUAUACCAAAUAAUAAUUACAUUUGAGUAUAGACGUUCUCUGGUUAAAAUAUUUGUUUUUCACAAGCUUUCGACUGUCAGUCUACAGUCUUCAACGGGUAGAUUAUAAUGAAGUGAUGCGAGGUUUACAAAUUAAUUACAUAUAUGCCAGUGGCGUGCUGGGUACUAUUUUUCUGGGGGGGCCAGUGGGCUAUCAACCAAUAUGCGCCCCUAUAAUGUGACGCUUGAUAAACGAGGGCCGAAGGCACGAGCCGAGCGCCGCAGGUGCGAGGUGUUCCUAAGGGGGUCCGAGGGCAUGCCCCCCCGGAAAAUUUUUAAAUUUAGAGUCUCUGAAAUGCCAUUUCCUGGACUUUGGGGGGAAGAUUUGACAGAAAUCUGAUGGUCAGGAAACGAGAUUAUAACGAGUCGAAAUUUGCAAUUUGGUUAGAAUUUCCGUAGAGGAACUUAAAUUGGUACGGUAUCAGUUUUACUAUAAAUCUUUAUUUUAGAUUAAUUGUGGAGGAACAAAGUCAUUCGUUGAGUAUAUUUGUAUAAAAUAUUUUGAUUUAUAAUAAACGCCGAUCUCACUAAUAACUUGUAAUGUUUUACUAAAACGGUGUGCUUGCACUUUAUUCAUACGAAUCUGUCAUGUUUUUUGUCAAAACAUACAAAAAGAGUUUUAAAAUACUAUACAGUAUAUCACUUGAUAGUUUACUUUUUUCACGUGUUGUAUCGAAUGUUGAUAACGUCAAGUAUUGCCCAUAUCGAUCGAUCGAUGUUCUCCAAUGUCUUUAAUGUUUCAAUAACCAUUGUCGAUUUCUAUAGCAUUUCUAAACAUUUUCAUAUAAGCGCCUUCGACAAUUCUGAUGUCAGACGGAGGUAAUAAUCUGCUCCUUUUUCAAAGACAUUAAAAUCUUCCGUUCAGUGCCGGUCAUAAGUAGCAAUCAGCUUCAAGUUUUUCUUGGGACAAAGACGAACGUGUGCGGGUUUGAUUGGAAUUGCAACUGCGAUCGCGUAAACUUUACAAAGAGUUGGAAAUGCAUCAACUAGGUGGUAAUCAGGAUUCGACAAAAUUCUCAGAGCUUCUAGAAAUGAUUGUUUAUCCUUGUCCUUUGGUUCUUCAGCAGUUCCGUCGUCGCUUGACUCGCUGCCGGUUUCUUCUUCGUAGUCUUCGGUUUCAGAUUCAGAACCGGAGUCUAAAUCAGAAUCUUUCUCUUCUUCUUUCGGUCUUCAUCAAAAAUCACUGAACACUUCGAUUUUUGAAAAGAUUCUGCAAAGUUGAGCAGUUCAUCUGCACAUCGGUGCGAGUCGAUGUCAGUGGUACACCAUGCCGUUUAAGGUUUCCUUGCCUGGCUGCCAAAAGGGCGCGCGUUUCAGCAUUAUCUUACUACUCACAUUACUCGAUGAGUUAUGAUGUUUCUUGUUCAAACCGCAACUAAAUUGCGUACACAACUUUACAUUAUCAUAACUAUCUAAUUUGCGCCGCUCUCGUGAUUCGUGAAGCAAUAUAAAGGCAUAAUAUAAGGGCAUAAUACAAGCAAAAAAGGGCAUAAUUCCCGUGAUCGCUUCGAAACCUGGCCAAUAUUCCGGUAAUGCGACAUUGCGUGUGAUCACUGAUCAUGUUUCUAUAUGAACGAUUUCGUGUGAGGUAGCAAUACUGGCUGGUUAGACAAAAUAGUCUGUAAUUUAAUAUAUCACUUUGUCGCCUAUGCGCUCAGUCUGUUUAUAAGCCUAUAAACACAUUUUUUCUUGGUGGCAGUAACUAUAUUUUUUCAAAUGCGUUUUUUUCCCACCCACUUUCAAAAUUCGGCGCAGGAUCGGCGCCCCCUUUUCAUUUUUGCGCUCCCCAAAAAUUGCCAGCUGGGGGGCCGUGGCCCCCCGGCCCCCCCCUGCCAGCACGCCACUGAUAUAUGCAUGGUAUACCAACAUGAGCUCCACCUUUGAAUUUACUAUAUGAGUAAAUUCUUAAACACGUCCGAAUUUAUCAUCAUAAUGAUAAAUUCGCGGCACAUUUUGAAUUUAUCAAUAGAGUAAUUAAACAUAAAACCACAAGCUGACAAGCAUUAGACAAGGCUUCUUGUUAUAAAUGUAAUGGCACUAAAAUGGAGACUUGUCGCGCAGGGGUGGGGAGUUUUUCAAUUUUUUUAAGAAAAUAGUUUUUAAAAAAGUUUUAAAAAAGUUUUAAAAGAGUUUUAAAAAGCAAAAAAAGUUUAAAAAGUUAGAUUUUUAAAAAAGUUUAAAAAGUUAAAAAAAAUUUAAAAGUUAAAAAAUUUAGGGUUAGGGGUUAGGGGUUAGUGGUUAGGGUUGGGGUUAGGGUUAGUGUUAGGUGCCGCGAAUUUAUUAUUAUGAUAAAUUCAAAAUGUGCCGCGAAUUUAUCAUAAUGAUAAAUUCGGACGUGUUUAAGAAUUUACUCAUAUAGUAAAUUCAAAGGUGAAGCUCAUGCUGGGUAUACAUAAUAUGUAUACCGUAUAUGUAAUUGUAAACCUCGUAUCACUUUCAUUAUAAUCUACCCGUUGAAGAUUGUAGACUGACAGUCGAAAGCUUGUGAAAAAUAAAUAUUUUAACCAGAGAAUGUCUAUACUCAAUAUGACGGAGUCCUGGUUUCGCAUCAAACAUAUUUAAAUAAUUACAUAUUAGAAGUUUAUACAGCAACCAGGUUUAACUCAGUAGUUCAGACAUGUUUUCUUUCGCUAGCCUGCCGGAGUGUCGACUGAAGCGUUGCAUGACUCCGUUAUUACGCUUCAAUGCAGUUUGAAUAUCGGGCUUUGAAUCCACUAUAAAUUAGUCUUUAUUGAUAGUUUAUAUAAUUAUUAUUCAUUGGCAGUCACGCGACCUGUUCUUCUCAACACUACAAUGUUCUCUAUUUAUAGAGAACAAAGUUGGAAAACUCAUAAAACCUUUGUUUUGUUAAUCUAGAGCCUGAAAUAUCUUCCAUAACAAUUCGAUUAACUCUCAUGUCCUCAUUUGACCAGGUCCAAGGGUUAUACAACAGCAUAUAUUUAAUAUAUUUAAGUUUUUUGCACCUUUUUUGUGGACCCGUUAAAUUUACACAUUGUCAUUGCAUUGUUCUCUAUCUGUUAGUCCAUGCAUCGAAUAAUCGUAGGGUGGACACCAUGCAAGGCUCCUUAGUUCAUUUAUUAUAACUGAUAUUAUGAUCAACUAGGUCGGUCGAAGUCUUUUCUGAAGCAAAUACUUUUUCUCCACAGUAGGAUUUACAAAAAAAAAUUCUUAAGUCACAUAAACGGCUGCGCGACUUUUGCAAGAUUGUAACUACUAUAUAGGUAAAUGUGUGACCGAGAGCAGGCAGGGCCGUAGCGAAGAGGCUAAAGCAGGGGGGGGGGUAUAGUAUCGCAUUUACCGACAACAUUUCAGCCGCUAAUUAUGUAUAAUCUUUCUUUUCCCAAAAUUGUUGGCUGAUAUAUGAAACUAUACAAUUUGUUUUGAAGGCAACUGUUAACUACAUCGUAAAAAAUGGCAUGUAGUAAAACACUGACUACCGGAACACCGGAACACCACCUAACCCUAACCCCAACCCUAACCCCCAACCCUAACCCUAACCCCAAACCCUAACCGCAAACAAAAUGGUGGUGUUCCGGUGUUCCGGUGUUCCGGUGUUCCGGUAGUCAGUGUUUUACUACAUGCCGUAAAUAAUUGCAAGAAAGCAGGUCCACAAAGAAUGCUGUCGCUGAUUAAUUUUGCCUAGGGACGUCGUAGGGACUAUAGACAUAGUUGAUCCUAUUAAAAAAGUUGAAUGACCAGAACAGUUUUUAUAUAUAAUGAAGCAUGUUUAGAAAGGCACAGUUCAGCCAUUUGAAUGAUGGUUUUUAAAGCGCAUUUCAGGCCUUUUAAUUAAUUGAAAAAACUCACCAGGAAAAUCAAUUAAGCAUCACAAUUCAAGAUCAGCAAACUUAAUGUUUUUAAUAUUUUAAAACAUUUUUAUUGUUAAAAACAUUGAGUUUACUGAUCUUGAAUUAUGCUUAAUUGAUUUUCCUAGUUAGUUUUUUCAAUUAGCCUUUCUCAUGCCGCCAUUUGUGGGGUACCUUUUUUGCCAAUCCUGCGAGCGUAACACCACGUAACGGCGGCAUUUUAUAAUUUUGUGGGUGUAUGAUGGUAAAUUUACUCUCACUGUAAAUAGUUAGUUUGUUCUGAAACAUUGCUUUUCACAUUGUUAAAAUCGUUUACGAAAAAUUACGGUACCCCAAAAAUGGCGGCGUGAGAAAGGCUAAAAGGGCUGAAAUCGAGCAGUUUAGCUGAAAUCGAGCAGUUAAAAGCCAUCAUUCAAAAGGCUGAACUGUGCCUUUACACCCGUUUUCAAAACAGUGCUUCCAUUUUCAAGGAAAUUUCCUUUUCUAAGGAAAUUCUAGUGUCGAAAAGGAAAAUCUAAGGAAGAGAAAAAAUCUAAGGAAAUCUAAGGAUUUUUUCCGAACAACUUAAAUAUUCAUCCAAUGGCAUUAGUGCAGAAGAAAGUUUCACUAUUUCUUGAAUUUUUGAGUGAAUUAUCAAUUAUGUUUAAUUAAAAAUCUGUUUUUAACUUUUUCCUCGUGUUUCCGAAAACUUCCGAAAGUUUUUGAGCGAUGGAAUUUGGUAACUUUUGGCGCCAAACGCUGUGAAUAAUUAAUUUUUUAUAUCAAUGGAAGGUGUAUGUUGUAAACUCAUGACAAAUAUUUAAUUUUAAACAGUAUAAUAGCCUGUGGUUAUUUAGCUAGCAAUCAUCUUUGUUAGUUGUGCUAUUUUGUGCAUUUAAAAUUGAUUAAAUCCUUUGUAUUGCUACAAAAGCACUGUAAACCGCCUAAUGAAAUUUCAAGGAAUUUUGAAGGAAAUAACGUAUACAAUCUAAGGAAUAUAGAGAAAUUUUGAUGACAAAAAUGAGAAAUUUUGAUUUUGAAAAUGGAAGCACUGUUUCAAAAUUACGCGACCAAAGACGAAAAUGCUAGAGUCAAAUUGACAUGUCAGUUUUAUGUCAUUCGAUCACGAAGUUCAAAUUUUGAGUUUUGCGGUUCCUUGUCGAUGUAUAUGCUUUGUAUGCUUUAUAUAAACAGACUUACAAUGAUUUUCAAGAUAUUUUAGUGAGAAUUAUUGUAAAAUUUAAGCACGACAAAAUCAUAACAUCACCGUUAUAGGCUAGCGCGCGUGUUUUAUACUGACAGCUAUAUUGGGCUAUUCCAUUUAAUAUCCGUACCCCCCCUGUCGAGGAUCCCUGGAAUUCUUCAGGGGUAAAGGGUUUUGAGCUUGGAAUUCUUCAGGGGUAAAGUGUUUUGAGCUUGGAAUUCUUCAGGGGUAAAGUGUUUUGAGUUUGGAAUUCUUCAGGGGUAAAUGGUUUUGAGCUUGGAAUUCUUCAGGGGUGAAGGGUUUUAAGCUUGGAAUUCUUCAGGGGUAAAGAGGUUUGAGAUUGAAAUUUUUCAGAGCUUGGAAUUCUUCAGGGGUGAAGGGUUUUGAGCUUGGAAUUCUUCAGGGGUAAAAGGUUUUGAGCUUGAAAUUCUUCAGGGGUAAAGGGUUUUGAGCUUGGAAUUCUUUAGGGGUGAAGGCCGAAGGGUUUUGAGCUUGGAAUUCUUCAGGGGUAAAAGGUUUUGAGCUUGGAAUUCUUCAGGGGUAAAGGGUUUUGAGCUUGGAAUUUUGGAAUUCUUCAGGGGUAAAAGGUUUUGAGCUUGGAAUUCUUCAGGGGUAAAGAGUUUUGAGCUUGGAAUUUUGGAAUUCUUCAGGGGUAAACAGUUUUGAGCUUGGAAUUCUUCAGGGGUAUGACAAUAAAAAAUAUGUAUCCUCGACAGGGGGGGUACCGAUAUUAAAUGGAAUAGCCCAUUCCAGGAUAAAUUGUUAUUUUUCAAACUUUAAAAGUCAUUCACGGCACAUAUUUAUGUUGUGAUGGUUUGUAUUGUGCUUUAGUUUGUAUAUCUAAGUUAUCUGACUCAUUUUUGUUCAGUUUUGGUAUUAAAUACGGUUUAAAAUAUCUUUAGACAGUUUGUUUACGUUUGCUAUUUUUAGCAGUUCUUGUGACAUAAAACUGACAUUUGAAGCAGGAGUAUUUUUCAGGGAGGUCGCGUAAUUUUGAAAACGGGUGUAAUAUAUGUUCGUCCUCUAUAAAUUAUCUAGCUACGACAAUUUUCAAGUGCCUGACACAAUGAACGUUCAUGGAAUAUACGAGACAAGUUCGACUAUGCAGAUUUUUUCCUCUCGACGAGAAUACCAAGGCUAUCUUCAAACAGAGGCCGGAGUUUCAGGAUCAUAUUUCGGUUUCUAUGCUGGAGUCAAAUCUGCUUAUGGAAUGUCGUUUAGCUCAAAUCAACAAACCAAUCUUGCUGUUUUUGAUAUUGAUGUAGACAGGUGAAUUCUCAAUUAAUUAAUCACUUAUUCCAGGCCACAAUUCCGACCUAUCUUAGACGCCUUUGUGGUACUCGUCAUUAUCCAUAAGUGAGAUAGUUCGCAUACUGAAGUCCAUAUUUUGAAGGCCAUCAAAUCAAUGACCAAAUAUCGUUGAUCGAGUUAGAAUAAUUUUUAAAUUAAGCUGUUUAAUACAUUGUGACGCACACAACUCGUAUUUUUUCAUCUAUAAAUACCAGGACGGGAUUUUGUUGAUAGCUUUUGAAAAAUAACACCUUUUCCAUGACAUUGUAGACAGGGACGCCGGAACUGGGGGGCGGCUGCCCCCCUUGCCUUUUGCUAGAGGGGGCAGGGGGGGGGGCAGAAGUGCCCUUUUAGUUAUAAAAAAAUACGUGAUAAAUCACAUUUAGAACGAUGGUUUUUGUACGAAAAUUAUGAGAUUCAGACAAAUACAGUUUAUAUUUCACUUGUGGUAUGUCCGGAAAAAAUUUUUGACCCCUAAAAUGGUACACUGACCGAAAUUUUUUUGGCGACGGGGAGGGGGGGUGGGGGGGGGGAGGUCGCCGAAAUUUUUUGAUUAAAAAAAAAAUUUCGGAAGAUUUUGAAGUUUUGCUUUAGAGAAGUGCCCUUGCUGUGGGUCCGCCCCCCUUUGCCUUAUGAUCGUUCCGGCGUCCCUGAUUGUAGACUUAGUUCAUCAGUUAACAAAUAUAGCAAAAAAACAAAAUAUCUUGAAACGAAGACAGAUCUGAUAAAGAAGUGUUACUAAUAAUAUUAGUAAUUUGUUUACUAUGUUUAAGGUAUGAAAUAUUUAAAGAUGAACUCAAGCCGCAAGAUCUCUCGCGUGCAUUCCUGCAUGAGUUCAUGAGUUUACCAGAAUCCUACUUCCAACCAGGCGCUCCAGCUAAAUUUAGUGAGUGAAAACACAUUUUAUGUUUGCGACGUUUUACCGAAAAAAUUCGCAUGCAAACAAUUUACACUGCUCUAGGACGCGCUUAAACAGACGACGUCAAUUUUAGUUAUUUCAUGCAUGUGUGUAAUUUUCUGAUUUAUAUUAGACGGCUAAGUCGUCUCAGACGUUCAAAUCGUCCUCAUACAAGUGACGUCACAUCUUCACUUCCCACUUCAGGGCCAAUUAGGUAAAUUCCAACCCGGCUGGCGGCUGACAUAAAAAUCUUGUUAUUCACUUGCUGAAAGAAAAGUGGUCACUUACUGUUUGUGGCUCAUCCGGUGUUUCGUUGUUAUACAAGAACCAAUUACAAAACCAGUAUAUAUGUAUAUAUAUAUAUAUAUAUAUAUAUAUAUAUAUAUAUAUAUAUAUAUAUAUAUAUAUAUAUAUAUAUAUAUAUAUAUAUAUAUAUAUAUAUAUAUAUAUAUAUAUAUAUAUAUAUAUAUAUACCGGGUGGCGCAAAAAAAAGUACAACUGUUUGAUUAAUUGUAACUCAGAAACAAUAAGCAGUAGAACCAUAAAUCGAGUUUAAUUGCAUCCAGCGAUAUCUAACUUAAAUUUUGGUAUAUUUGACAGGCAUAUUCGUACAAGAUUAACUGAGAUAUAAGAGUUUAAACUUUUGUUAACAAUUUUGAAACGGUCACAAAUUAGCUAAAAAUCAGUUUAAUAGGCCGUUUUUAGCUAAUUUGUGACCGUUUCAAAUUUGCUAACAAAAGUUUAAACACUCAUAUCUCAGUCAAUCUUGGACGAAAAUGCCUGUCGAAUAUACCAAAAUUUAAGUUAGACAUCGCUGGAUGCAAUGAAACUCGAUUUUGGGUUCUACUGCUUAUGGUCUUUGAGCUAUAUGUAAUCAAACAGUUAUACUUUUUUUUGCGCCACCCGGUAUAUAUAUAUAUAUAUAUAUAUAUAUAUAUAUAUAUAUAUAGGUUGGUGGUAACCUUUUAAAUUAGUUCAUAAAGUAAUCCGGACAUUAUACACGGUGUAUAAAAAAAAACUGAACAGAUUUGAAAUUGCGCUCAAUUUCACAAAACAGCUAUUAGUAUCCAGUUUCUUUGGGUACUUAUAAUGUAGAAUAAUGAAAACAAUUUCUCGAACUCAAAUUUUGUAAACAAGGGGUGUGUGUUUUUUCCAUCAAACUAAAAAUGGCUUACGCACGAAAUUUAAAAGCUUUAAAAUCGUAUUUGAGUUAAUGGAUGGAAAUUUGUUGGGUUUUUAAUUACUGUACAAAAUUGCAGAUAAUUUGCUUUACUAACUAUUCCGCAUUUUUCCCUAAAAAAUAAGCUUUCGCAUGCUUAAUUUACCUUUACCUAAUUUGCAUAUUGCUGACAUGAGCAAAUUAGGCAAACGCAUCAAUUAAGCAUGCAAAAGGCUGAUUUUUCAGUAGGGAAAAAUUUAAGUUUGCGUGAAUAGUUAAAGGGCUUAAACUAAAGCAAAUUGUUUGAAAUUUUGUACAGUAAUUAAAAACCCAACAAAGUUUCCAUUCAUUAACUCAAAAUACGAUUAAAGCUUUUAAAUUUCGUGCGCAAACCAUUUUUAAUUUGUUGGAAAAAACACACACCCCUGGUUUACAACAUUUGAGUUCGAGAAAUUUUUUUCAUUAUUCUACAUUAUAAGUACCCAAAGAAACUAUAUAUAUCGAAAACCGGAUACUAAGAGCUGUUUUGCAAAAUUGAGAGCAAUUUCAAAUCUGUUCAGUUUUUUUUAUACACCCUGAAUAGAGUUCAGUACAAAUUGUGUGGUACAAACGUAGGAAGAAGAACCAUAUAUACAGCCUUGAACAUGAGAUGCUUUGCCAAUUUUACAGCACUUUAUACUUUGCCAUUGGUUUGGGUGUGUCCUGGCGAGCUUGUCAAAUGUGUGAAUCCAUAGUUUCUAGAACAUUUUCAAAAUUCAUUUUCUUGCGAUGAUCAUAUGAAGAUAAAUUAACACAGUCAUUCUUAUUAAAAGAUUUAAAUGCUUAUCAUUUAGAUGACUUCAUAUCUCGAUGGGGAACUCAUUAUAUCAAAUCCGCCAAAUUUGGUGGCCAGUUGGAAAUACGAAAGCUCCAAAAUGGUAUAUCAACGUCAUCUAAAGAGGAAUUUGCAGUGGAAGCUGAGAUGGAAUACAAAGGUCUUUUUGCCAGUGCUGGUGCGUAUAGCAGCACAAAAAGUGGAACACAGAAUAAAUCAGAACAGAAAUUUAUGUCAACUUCAGUUCAAGCACUAGGGGGAAGUCAAAGAAUCGCUGCAGCAGUGACAGACCUAUACGCACCAACGUUUAAAAGUACACUUGUCGUAAGUUGUUUAUUCUCUAUAUUUAUUUAUUUAUGUAUAGUAAUUGUGAAUUCAAUAUCAUAUCUGGUCAACAAGAAAGCAAUUUCCAGAAGCUAUUUCUUUAUACAAUAAUUGGUACAAUAAUCAAAAUGUUAAUUAGCUUAAAAUAUUUUAUAUAUGUAAGAUAAACCUUAUCGGUCAAUACUUUGUCGUCGUUGCUGUUACCACCUAAACUUUCACGUACUGAUGUAUUUAAUUCGUGAUUACCCUUGUUUCAUCCGUAACUAUAGCUAUGAGUCAACCAAGACAGUUGAUUUGGUACGAAUUUUCGUGAAAAGAGACUCCAAGUUCAAAGAAAGAAAGAAAAAAAUCAGAUACUGAUGGAAUUUAUUCAAUUUGCGAAGUAUUCGUUAGCGUCCUAGAAAUUACCACAAAGGCUUUAUUAUUGUGAACCUGAUCAUUAUUAUUAUUAUUAUUAUUAUUAUUAGUUUAGUAUAAUUGUGAUUCAAAUAGCCAACCGUAAGUUACCUUUAUGAGAGAGAUUUACGAUUGUAUAUGUAUGUAAAGAAAAACAUUUAAUAAAGUUUCCAUUAUUAUUAUUAUUAUUAUUAUUAUUAUUAUUAUUAUUAUUAUUAUUAUUAUUAUUAUUAUUAUUAUUAAUAAUGUCCAUCGCCAUCAGAACAACGUACUAUAUAUUUUGUUGUAGAAACAAGGAUCGGACCGAUCCGGACUUGAUGAACAUUUAAGAACGAGCUUUCUCUUAGUUUUAUACCUGUAAUAUAGUUUUAUCAAUAAUUAAUAGUUCAAGUAGUCAAUUAUAAGUUACCUUAAUUAGUGAGAUUUAUAAUUGUAUAUACAUAAAAUGUCAAAAUAAAGUUUCCAUUAUUAUUAUUAUUAUUAUUAUUAUUAUUAUUAUUAUUAUUUUUAUUAUUAUUAUUAUUAUUAUUAUUAUUAUUUAAAUAUAUUUAUGCACGGUGACCUUUCAGUUUCCUGAUGUUCCAAGAAUGCGAAAAUUAAAUAGUGUUUCUGCGCCUUAAGAAAUAAAAAAAUUGCUGGGGAAGGAUCAUGCCUGACCCCCUAAGAGGUUUCUCGCGCCGUCGACGCUCGCGUCAGUACUCAGCUAAAAUUCUUGUUACGGGCCUGCUAACAGUUGUUAUUACAGUGAUAGGUAUAUAUAUAUAACGUGCGUUAUUCGAUCAGCUUUAUCAGAACAGUUGCUAGUGGAAAAGAGCUGCCUUCAUCUUGUUUUAUGAUAUUAUUUCAGGAAUGGCUUGAUAGUAUUGACAACUACCCUAAAGCAUUUAAAUUUCUAAUGGGAUCAAUCACGGACCUGGUUGACUUCCGCGCGGCUGAUUUGUUUCCUGAUGAAGCUAUCAACUGGGGAUGUGAGGCAAAUUCCCAAAAUCUCGUAAAGGAAGAGAGCACAGGAAAAUAUUACUACAACAGGACAGUUACUGGUGGAAUAAAUAAAACUUACUGCGACUUUGCAAGCAGAGAUGAGCUGGAAAUUAAAUUAAAGCAACGUAGAACGAGUUUGAAAGCUGCAAUAGAAGCUUACAUGGAAGAGGUAUGAAGCAACCAAAAAUAUAGAGUAAAAUGAGUGCAUGAAAUCUCGCAUGCUCUUACGUACCAUAACCGUCUUGAAAUUUAAAGUGUACGAGUUCAGGACAACCAGGUGAAUAUGUUAAACAUGUAUUCGCUAUACUGUAGAUCAAGCUAAUAAACGCAAUUCCUGAAAAAAUUACAUUCAUGAAUCAUUGUUUAGAAACGUCAGUGUAGUGCCUUCAUUGGGGGAUAAUCAUAAGUCGCCAACUCGCUCCUUCCUGUAUAUUCUCGAUCUGGCCAAGAUUCAUUUUUGUUACUGUGUAAUUGGUUCUUUUCAAUAACGUCGCAAUAAUUUGUUUCUCUCGGUCUCACUUAAUUAUUCGAACUCCUUAACUCUCAUUCAUUCUCCUCUGCAAAUUCUACCUACACCCCCCUUUAAAAAAACCCUGCUGAAGAAGACUGUUAGGUCGAAACACGUACAGGGUUGCCUUCCUCCUCAACUUUAAUUUUUUGCUCCUUAUCCUCGCCUUCUAUCGUGUCCCAUAAAAAUUUCCACCUAUUUUAGUUUCUACAUAAUCGUUUAAUUUCCCUAGUUUUUACGUACAUGUUCAUCACAGGAGUCGGAGUCAAGAAAUUAAGAAUAACCGUUUUUGGAAUACUGGUCCUCUCAUUAUUUAGGCUACACAAUGUCUUGCACCAGUACUUGUCCAAUUACCUAUUUUAUACCAAACCAAAAAAUUAAUUCAAUUUAGGGGUGUUUGUAGCUAUUUUCUCAAAAGAUUAUCACCACUUUUUUGGGCGUGGUUACGGGAAACGACAUUCCUCGUGUAGAUAAUAAGCAUUGCUGUGUUAAUUUUAGCCACCCCAGUUAACGACACUUGAGUUGUGAAUAUGUGAUCGGCUGGGAUUGCAUUCAUUUUCAUAGAAAAAAAAAUUCCUUGUUACUUUUUCAAUUACCAUUCGUAGCGCAACGUGCUCGCGAAACAAUUAACAAUUAAAACAAUUAAAACAAUUGUCAUUGAAAUUAUUCGGCUAACAUCGCAAGACGUUCAUUAGUGCAACAAUCAGGCUCCCAACUGCUUUUACUUUCAUUACAAGGGACCAAUCUUAGCAACAGAAAUGAAUCUCCAAGCUGGUGAUGGAGGAUGUGAGACUCAGGAUCUGGAAGGUUCACUUGCCAUUCCAAGGUGGGACGAUAUCGUUAGUCAACAAAACGUAUUUCAUGUUAUUUUUGACAUGGACGUUGAGCUUCGUGGAAGUAGAAACAAGAUUCCAAAAUCAAUGUCAAGAUUGGUUGAACGCAAGUAA